GAGCGUUCACUAAGGGAGCGAAGGGAACGCCGUUUAUUAAACCUAAUCCAAGCGCAGGAGAACCAACAGCGCCGGCAGUCAUACAUCCGGAACCUGUGUUACCAUCAGUACGGAUGGCGUCCAUUAAACGACACGACCUUCGAGUCGAUGAUCUCCUCCAUCACCACACACUUGGAUCACCUGAUCGUCGACGACACCAAUCGAUUGAUAUACUGUUUCGUACCGAAAGUCGCGUCAACCAACUGGAAACGAGUGCUACUGGCGCUCAACACUCACACCCAAUCACCCGACCCGCUCACCAUCAAAGGCAAUGAGAGUCAUGUGAUGUCACCGGCGUUUAAGACACUCAACCAAUACAACUCUACCGAAGAUAUAGCCGUAAGACUGCGCCUGUAUCUCAAAUUCAUGUUUGUGAGGCACCCCUACGAGCGCCUACUGUCCGCUUAUCGGAACAAAUUCGAGCGAACCUACUCUGACUACUUCCGACUGCGGUUCGGUAGGAAAAUCGUGCGCCAGUUCCGCUCCCAGCCCUCCAACGAGUCGCUGGAUAUGGGACACGACGUCACUUUCGAGGAAUUCCUACGAUAUGUCACUGAAUUGAAUACAACGGAUCACAAGAGGGAGUUCAACGAGCACUGGAGGCCGGCCUACGAUCUCUGCCAUCCCUGUGCUAUCGAUUACGACGUGUACGGCAAGUAUGAGACACUUCAUAGCGAUGUACAGCUGGUGCUAAGGCGGGCCGGCAUUCAAAAGACAGUGGAGUUCCCGAAACGGGAGGACACGUAUAGCAAUCAGCCGUCCAGUGAUCUGAUCCAUAGUUAUUACGGCAAUGUGUCGGACCUAUUGGUCGAUAAAGUGGCCGAUAUUUAUGCCGAAGACAUUCAACUGUUUCAAUACGACAGAGGAAUUGGUGGCAAAGAUAUUGAGAAC